AUGGCACGAGCACUUAGCAUGAAAUCGAUCAGCUUCUCUACCCAUACUUAUUGCCUAUCUAUCUACCUAUCUAUCAAUGAUCAUUAUCUAUCUAUCUAUCUUUGUUACUAUCUAUGUUCAUUUCUAUCUAUCUAUGUUCAUAUCUAUCUUUGUUCCUAUCUAUCUAUGAUCAUAUUUAUCUAUCUAUCUAUCUAUACGCAGCUGAUAUCUAUGUUCAGAUUAUCUAUUUAUGUAUCUAUCUAUCUCCUUUUCAUAUCUGUCUAUCUCCUUUUCAUAUCUGUCCUUUUCAUAUCUAUCUCCUCUUCAUAUCUAUCUCCUUUUCAUACCUAUCUAUCUAUCUAUCUAUCUCUUUUUCAUACCUAUCUAUCUAUCUCCUUUUCAUAUCUAUCUCCUUUUCAUACCUAUGUAUAUAUCUCUUUUUCAUACCUAUGUAUAUAUCUCCUUUUCAUAUCUCUCUAUCUAUCUCCUUUUCAUACCUAUCUAUCUAUCUAUCUAUGUCCUUUUCAUAUCUAUCUAUCUAUCUAUCUCCUUUUCAUAUCUAUCUAUAUCCUCCCGUGCAUAUCUAUCGCAGUCUGUUCAUAUCUAUCUAUCGAUAUAUCUGUUUGUCUCGGUCUGUUCAUUAUCUAUCUCUCUCAGUCUGUUCAUAUUUGUCUUUCUAUCUCUCUCAGUCUGUUCAUAUUUGUCUUUCUAUCUCUCUCAGUCUGUUCAUAUUUGUCUUUCUAUCUCUCUCAGUCUGUUCAUAUUUGUCUUUCUAUCUCUCUCAGUCUGUUCAUAACUAUCUAUCUUUCUAUUUGUCUCAGUCUGUUCAUAACUAUCUAUCUUUCUACCUGUCUCAAUAUGUUCAUAUCUAUCUUUCUAUCUGUCUCAAUCUGUUCAUAUCUAUCUAAUAAAGUCAGUUCAUAUUUACCUAUCUAUCUAAGUCUGUUCAUAUCUAUCUGUUGCUCAUAUAUAUCUAUCUACUGUUCGUAUCUAUCUACUCUUCAUAUGUAUUUAUCGAUCUAA